GUCGCAGCCAUACUAGCCAUAGUUUAAUUACUCAAUGGUCGCAGCUUACAUCCCGCAUUUUAUUUAUUCACCAUGGAACAACCAGAUUUGAAGAAUUUAAAGAUGGUUAUACGGAGUAUUUUAACUAGCUCUCCAAGUAAAUUGACAAUCUUGCAACUAUUAAAUGAUUACUUAUAUUUUGAAGAUUUUAAUUUACCAUAUCAGCACUUGGGGUUCAAAACCAUUUAUGAGUUGCUGGAAAAUAUGAAUGAUGUUUUAAAAAUACCUUCAAACCCAAAUAUGAAUUCUUUGGUUACACUAAUUGUUGAUGAAAAAACUUCACACCUCAGAGAACUUGUGGUUAAUCAAAAAUCUAAAAAACAACGUUCCAGAAGAAAUAAUUCUUCUGGAAGAGGUGGUAAUAAUUACAUGUAUAAGUCUUCCAAUUUUAAAUCUCGUGAUUACAAUUACAAUACCCAUAUAACUGAGAAUAACUCAUCUAUGUAUGAAUAUACAGCUCCAAGAUGUGAUAAUAGCAUUCAUAACAGUAGUCGAGGAUAUGAAUAUGGCUCUCAUAGGUAUGAUAACAGUGCUCGUGGAUAUGAUCAUGUUAAAAUCAAACCUCUCUCAAAAACUCCUGGUACUGUAACACCAAACCUCAGAAGUUUUAUAGAAAAUCUGUGCAAUACUUCUGGUUCAGAAAAGAUAACUAUUAAUAAACUAAAGACUUGUCUAAUAAAUCAUCCAGAUUAUAAUAAAUUGGGUACAACUAAUAUCGAAGAAUCCAUAAACAUGUUAAAAUAUUUUAUCUACAUUGAUAAAGGAGGUGUACACCUUAAAGAUUCUCCGCAUGAAAUAUUUCCAUCUAAAACAUCUAAUAAAAGCAAGUGCACAAUACCGACAUCUUCGAAUUACCUAAGUAGUAUUGUUAAUGAAAGCGAAGAAAUUUCAUAUAGUGAGUUAAAUGAUGAUGACUAUGAUGAGAUGGAUGAUUCAAGUUUUGGAAACCUUAAAGUAUAUGGAGUUUCGAUAAGUGAGUAUAAUAGUCACUUUAGUUUUUCUGAGUAUGGAUUCAGCAGCAUGAGAGAUAUGGCAUACAAGUUACCGUCUGUUUUUUAUGUAAAAGUAACUGAAGAUAACCAUGAAUGUAUUCUAUUUGAAGCUUGUAGACGAAAUGAACUAGAAAAUGACUUGGACGAUCCAUCGCUGUUUUAUAAGAAGAUUCCGAAGACUAUAUUGAAUAAUCUUUCAAAUUUCUUUGAUAAGUAUCGAAAUGGUGUCAAAUUGAAUGAACUUUUGACUUUAUACUGUGCAGAAUAUGGCCGAGCUUAUGAACCAUUAAAGUAUGGAUAUACUUCUGAAAAGCACAUGUUUGAAUCUUUAGACAAAAUGGUUGAAGUUAAAAAUAAUGAGCUAUUUACAAUAAAUCAUCUUGCCUAUAAAGAACUUUCAGAAAAUAUAGAUCAUACUGACGACUAUGAUAACAUUUCUGUUGUGUUACCGAAUCCUGAUUUUUUAUUGCAUUAUUCUGGCAACGAUAUCUGCAAUGGAAGAUUUAAAUAUCCUAAAGUUAAGUUUGAUCCUCAAAAGUCUGUAAAUGUCAUUGUUGCUGAAAUUUACAACCCAAGUUCAUUUUACAUUCAAUUAGCAGCAGAAGUCAAUAAUCUGAAUAGUUUAAUGGACUCAUUGCAAUUGUUUUACAAGAAAAAUGAAACAAAGUACAAAGUUCUACCACAACUAAUUCUCCAAAACUUGGCAUGUACCUCUUGUUUUGAAGAUUCCGGCUUGUGGCACAGGGCUACAGUUAUGAAAAUUGUUGAUGAUAAAAAUGUUCAAUUAUUAUAUGUUGAUUAUGGGUCAAUAGAAAUAGUACCAAAAGAAAAUGUUAGACUUUUGGCAUCACAAUUUGGGAUGUAUCCUGCUCAGGGAGUGCAUUGCAGUUUGCACAAAUUCAAUGCAUUAAAUUAUCCACGAGAAAUAAGUGAAUCAUUUGCUGAAAUGGUUGAGAACCAUGAACUAGAAGCACAGUUUCACCCACCAAUAUCUGACGACGAUUCUAAAAAAAAAAAUGUAACUUUAUUUUUUUCUAAUGAAAUAAUGAAACAUUUACAUAAACACCAAGAAUCUGUUAGAAGGUUGAUUUAUAAAGUAAUAGAAGAAAACAAAUGA